CAUUCAUUCAUCAAAUUAACCUCAUUAGCCUAAAAAAAUCCAACAUGCCAAAGAACAUUCGAAAAUCCCUUCAAAAAAUUUUCUACAGAAUCAAAACUCAUCCUAGGUCACAAAAAUUCGGCUUAUCCUCUAAGAAAUGGAUUGAUAUCAAUGCUUGCAAACAUUCUAGAACUCUUUCUUUCUCGUUGGACGACAAAAACAAUGACAACAACAACAAGAAGAAUUACGAUGAAGCUACACUAUCCGACAUUGACCGUUUUCUCUUUGAGAAUUUUAAAUCUUUAUUCCUUGAAGAUGACGAAAAAACUGAUUGUAAUCACGACACUAAACGGGCCGUCUCAUUAGAUGAAGAUGGAGAAGAUGAAGAUGAAGCGGAAGAAGAAGAAAAAACUCGAGAAGAAAAAUAUCCAAAAUUGGGUCCCAUAUUUUUCGAUCCAUCUGAGGAAAGACCGUUGGAUCUUCGUGGAUCUAAUAGAUUCUUUUUGACACGUGGCUUCUCGGGGUCCAUGUCGAACACAACAUCAACAACUACAACAAACACAUUUGAAGAAAUGGGAUCAUGCUCAAACUCAUCAACCCCAAAAAAAUUCAAUAAUAAUAAUAAUUCAUCUUCAAAAGAUGAUCAAGUGAAUAUUCCUCAUAAUUGUGUUGUUGUGUUGGCUAGUUCGCCAAAUCCUUACGAUGAUUUUCGAAGAUCCAUGGAAGAAACAGUGGAAGCAAGAUUGAGGAACAAUCAAUGUGUGGAUUGGGAUUUUAUGGAAGAGCUUUUGUUUUGUUAUAUGAACUUGAAUGAAAAGAAAUCAUAUAAGUUUAUAUUAAGUGCUUAUUGUGACUUGAUCAGUCUCAUGAGACAAAGUUCAGAGACUGAACCGACGAAGCCGCGGAGCGUUCGGACUGUUAGGAUUGGGAGGGAGGUAAGGAAGACUAAAGAAUUAACAUUAGAAUUUGCAGGUUCAAGAUAAUCAAUAAAAGUUUAAGGGAUUUGUUUGAGUUAUGUUAUGUCUUUCUUUUGGAUUUCUUGUUCACCCUAGUCUUGUGUUUUGAAAAUAACAAACACGUAUUAUGAUUAUAUAUGAUGUAUGUUCUAUUUUAAUGCUGGAGAAAAUAAAUGUUAACAAUUUCACUGGUCGUUAAUAUAUAGUUCAUG